AUAACUCUCCCGAAUUAAAGGAAACAUGGAAAAUCAGAGAAAGGAAUUGACUCCCAUCACUCGUGAAUACACUAUCCGCCUCUCUAAGUUCAGCCAUAAGGUCUGCUACAAGAGAAGAGCUCCUCGCUGCAUGGCUAUGAUCCGCAAGUUCGCUCAGACUGCUAUGUGCACUGAAGAUGUUCGCAUUGACCCCACCGUCAACAAAUACGUCUGGAGCAAGGGUAUUCACGCCGUUCCUGCUCGUAUCCGAGUUCGCAUGCAGCGUCUGGCUGAGGAUGUUGAGGGCGAGAGCAAGCACUUCUACACCGUUGUGGAGGUUCUCAACGUUCCUCACUUCCACGGACUCAAGACGAUUGUUUCCAACCAGUAAGUUAACGUGGGAAGUUGGAGAGAGGCCAAU